AUGAAUGAAUCGAUGCUAAAUCAUUUAUUUCUUCCUCAUGAUCUAUCAUCAUCAACGGCCAAGGAUUAUUUAAGUCAGUCCAACCAUCAAUAUGAAUACAAAAUACUUGAAUGUAUGAAUGAAUUUUUGGAGUCGUUAGAUGAAAAAAAUGAACUAUCAAUCUUAUCACUCCUUAAGAAUUGUAUUCAACGUUGGUCAAUUGUACAGAAGAUAGAAAAUUGUUCUAUUCCGAAUUUACAAUCGACUAUUCAGAAGCUGACAUCAGGUGAUUUUCUGCCACUCUAUUUUCAUGCUCAAAAUGCUGCUGUAUUGAUUGAAAUUGAUGAGAAUCCACCCAAUCAAUCAUUGAUCUCAUCUUGGCAAGUGCUAUUACCAACAGAAACUAUAACAUCAUCACUAGAACCACAUCUUUCGUGUUUUCCUACACCUACAUAUCGAUUGCCUGAUGAAUCUCAGCUGUUAUCUCACGUUCAGUGUGAAUUACUAGUUGAUUUUAUGAACAAUACAAUCGAAUAUUCCAAGGCUCACAAAGCAUCAUAUGUAUUCAAUGAUAUACGUGAAAUACCCAUAGCACAUUAUGUCUGCCAAUGGUGGAUCACACAAUUCAAAGGAAUCGAAAAGGAUGAUAAAAUCAAAAUAUCUAUUCCAUUUAAGAAAAAACAUCGUGAUCAAAUUCGAUAUAAUAAUUCAAUGUUUCCUUUUCGACGAUCAGGCUUAUGGAUGACUGUUAAAGUUGUUUUUCAUACCAUUCUAACAAAACGUUUGGAGAAAAUUGGUACUAUCGUUUAUAAAUUACUUAUUACAAAAUUUUUAACAUAUUUUAUUUCUACAAGACAAGCAACGAUGGGUUCUCGGGUAUCUUCUGAUUUGCUCAUACAUUGUCUUCGAUAA